AUGAAGUCUUUGGUAUCCGUCGCUGUCGCUCUCGCGUUGAGCACGCCUGCUCUCUCAGUCUCCGUCUGGGGACAGUGCGGAGGUCUGGAAUACUCUGGAUCCGCUGCUUGCGAUGCCGGUGCUGCUUGCGUUACCUUGAACGAACACUACUCGCAAUGCCAACCCAGCUCGCCCUCGACACCCAGCUCGCCGUCCACUACACGUUCGGCACCCUCUUCUGCUGACAGCGUCUGCUCUGGGUCGCGCACUAAGUUUGCGUACUUCGGCGUCAACGAGUCCGGUGCUGAAUUUGGAAAUACUGUCAUCCCGGGGACCCUGGGCACAGACUAUACCUGGCCUUCCCCUAGCAGUGUCGAUUACUUCAUCAGUGCAGGGUUCAACACAUUCCGCAUUCCUUUCUUGAUGGAACGGUUGAGUCCUCCUGCGACUGGUUUGACUGGAUCCUUCGACUCCACCUACCUGAGCGGUUUGAAAACGAUCGUCAAUUAUAUCACCGGCAAGGGAGGAUUUGCACUCGUAGAUCCUCACAACUUCAUGAUUUAUAACGGUGCUGCCAUUUCCAGCACUUCCGCCUUCCAAACUUGGUGGACGAACCUCAGUAACGAAUUUAAAUCCAAUGACCAUGUCAUCUUCGACCUCAUGAACGAGCCUCAUGAUAUACCCGCCUCAACCGUUUUUAAUUUAAUGCAAGCUGCUGUUAAUGGUGUCCGAUCUACUGGGGCUGGUAACCUGAUCCUCGUAGAAGGUACUAGUUGGACUGGUGCAUGGACUUGGACCACAUCUGGUAACAGCGAUGUUUUCGGUGCCAUCCAUGAUCCCUUGAACAACACAGCCAUCGAAAUGCAUCAGUACCUGGACUCCGAUGGCUCAGGCACAUCUGCCACCUGUGUUUCCAGCACCAUUGGCGCCGAACGCCUUGCCGCCGCGACCUCGUGGCUCCAGGCUAACAACCUCAAAGGCUUCCUAGGCGAAAUAGGUGCUGGUUCAAAUGCCGACUGCAUCUCGGCUGUGCAAGGUGCAUUGUGUUCGAUGCAGCAGAGCGGCGUCUGGCUUGGUGCUCUUUGGUGGGCUGCUGGGCCUUGGUGGGGAGAUUAUUAUCAAUCUAUCGAGCCUCCAAGCGGCGCGGCUAUCGCACAGAUCUUGCCUCAAGCUCUGGAGCCAUUCUUGUAGAUGACAACGACCUAUUGUUUGCGUAUAUAUUAUAUUUUUCAUGCCGGAUG